CGAAGAUGCAAGAAGCGGCGAGUGCAGGAGGAUUGUGGGAUGGCGGCGCGACUGCGGCGGAGAAAGUUUGCCGACGCGACGGACGAGACAGACGAAGUGUGCUUGUACGACAUCGAGUUCAGCGGCGCUGCCGCGAUUGGGAUCCAGUUUGAAACAGACUUUUAUGGUAACCACGCAAUUGUGAAGGCGGUCGAGAGCGAGGGAGCAGCAAGGAACGUGGUCCGGUACAACGAACGUGGCAAGCCCACCUGCAUCGUGCAAAAAGGCCAUAUCGUUGUGGCAGUGAAUGGAAAGGACGUGUCCAAUUUGCCAUUUCAGGAAGUGAUGCUUGCCAUCAAGGCCACGACCGGGGCAACGUCGCGCGUGCUCCGGUUUCUCGACCCGAACGUGCUUCCGCUGGACCAAAUGAAUCACCGCGCUGCCGACGCACUCUUGAAUUGCGACAACUACGGCUUUGCCAAGGACGACGAAUACUUCCUCCAGUACCGCAAACAUCUGCGGCUCAAGAAGGCCCAGCCUAACCAUUACGCCGUCGCGACUGCGUGGGUCGAGUUUCUCCAAACGUGUGGGGGUCUGGAUGGACUUGACGCCAAGUACAAUCGAAGUGGUGCAUUCACCCGGGCCGAAGUGAAGGUUCACCUCGAGCCGCUCAUUUUGCGAGGCAUUCCAACUGCAUUUCGUGCGUCGAUAUGGGGCAUCUUGACCAAUGUCAGCGGGUACAAGGCCGCCUUCCCUCGCACCCAUUACGCUGACCUCCUCCACGGCGACAUGCGUACUAGUAUGGCCGACGACAUCGACAAAGACGUCGGACGGACCUACCCCGAGCACGCGUAUUUUCAAGAGACCAAGGGAAAGCAGGAGCUGACAAACGUGCUCGUGGCGUACUCGAUGCACAACACGGCGGUCGGGUACUGCCAGUCGAUGAACUUUUUGGUUGGGAUUUUGCUGUUGUUUCACACAGAAGAAGAAGCGUUUUGGCUGCUGUGUGUGAUGAUGGCCAAAUGCUUGCCGAUGGAAAACUACUCCCGGUCGAUGCUGGGCGCGCAGGUUGACCAAGUCGUGUUCAAGCGCCUUGUGGCGCUGCAGCUCCCUGCCAUCGCGGAAGCGUUUGACAAUGCCGGCAUCGCCAUCGAACUUGUCACGUUGCAGUGGUUUCUGUGUGUGUUUGUGUGCACGUUGCCGCUGGACACGGCAUUGCGGGUGUGGGACUACAUGUUCUUGCAAGGCGAGCAAGUGUUGUUCGCCGCGGCGCUGGCCAUCAUCAAAGCCGCCGAGUCCAAGAUCAUGGAAGCGUCGCCGUCGCACAUUUCUCUGUUAAUGAUUAUUCGGGAUCUUGGGUUGAGCCUCCAUGAUGCCGAUGGGUUUAUGUCGGUGAGAUUCGUCCAAAGACAGCAACUCGUUCUCACGCACGCAGGUCGUGGGAGCGUUCAGUCCGAGUCGGCACCGAAAUGACUCGGCGUCAAAGCAACCAUCGAGCGACAAGCCGAAUCAUCCGUUCGAAGCGCUUGUGCAAAAGUUCAACGAAUUCACGACCAAGGUGCGCAAACCGCGGACCGAUCAUGGUGUGGACGAUUGCAACGAUGACACGAAGGGCUUCCAAAUACUCUACACGUUCGACGACAUUCAACGAGUACGUACGUCGUCAACGACUCUCGUGCGCAUGUGACAUCGCGAGUGAGUAGUGGCGCCGGGAGAUUCGACCAGAGAUCGAAGCCGCCGCUGCUGUCGAAGCACCAAACCUUGCCAACGAAUAAAUCGGAGGAGCUGUUGUAGAACUAGCCAAUCACGUCAUUUUUAGGCGUGUAUUUUUAACCAAUAGAAUUGGGGCAGCAAACGCUUG